AUGUUUUUUCCGGUGACAAUGAUUGAAGAAUUUCCACAUGUUUUACUUUAUUAUAAUUUUUCACAUAAAAAAGAUCGUUAUUUUUUAUCACCAUAUGAAGUUGAAAUAUCAAGACAUGGUUCACAAAGAGCUGUAUGUGAUGUAAUAUAUUCAUCCGAUUUUCUAUGUGCUUUACUUGAUAUCGAUCGACCAACAAUAAUGAAACAAAUGUCAUUAAAUUCAUCAAGUAUAACAUCAACUGGUUCAAUAACAACAGUGACAGAUAAUAGUCCAACAUCAAACACUGAAGAAACAUGUAGUCGACGUGCAUUAUCUUGUUCAUCAACAUCAACAAAUACAAACUCGAAUGAUCCACUUUUAACAAUGAUUGAACAACGAUUAGAUUUUAAACAUCGUUGUAUGUUUUAUUCAACUGGUCCAACAUCAGAUUUGUGUGUUUGUGCUCUCGACGUCGAUUGUCAUUCAUCAGUUAUAUGUAAUGCUAUUGGUUAUUCAAAUUUACUUACAUAUGAUGAAUCAGUAACGCAAAAAGCAAAUAAUGAAGAAAAUAAUAAUAAUAAUAUUCAACGAACACCAACAAAAUAUGCUCAUAAAAUGCGUCCUCAACAUCGACAAUAUAUUCAUCAAUGGAUAUGUAUACGAGAUAUUGUAGAUGGUUUAAUAACAUGUAAUCAUACACUUAAAAAUAAAAUUAUUAUGGAAAUUUUUUCGAAAAUGAUUCUUUGGGUUAAACAACGAAAUGAAUCAAAAAUACUUGAAUUAAAAUUAGCCAAAUCUGAAUCAUCAAUAAUGACAACAACAAAUAUUAAAUUAUUUAAAGCACGAGCACGACAACUUGUUUGGGAUUUAAUGGAAAUGAAAAAUGAAGUUCGUUUUCCUCGUCCAGUUCAUGGUCGUAUACCAAAUUUUCGUUAUUCUGAAGUAGCUUCUGAAAAUGUAACCUGUCUAGAAUAUUUUAAACGAGCACGUGUCAUUAAAAUUAAUCCAUCGCUUGCUCAAGAAUCUCUUCGUUAUUUAUCAUUAGCGUAUAAUAAAGUACUAUUGACACCUACACCUUCACUUGAUUCAGCAUUAUUUUAUAAAUUAGAACCAAAAUUUUUACGUCGUAGUCAAUUAGAAUGGGCAGCAACAAAAACUGGUGCUGCUGAAUUAGGUACUGUUAUACAAUUACAAGCAUUAAAACAAAUUCAUGUUGAUUUAAUCAUUGUUGCAUCAGUUGUUGUUAAUCCAAUAACUGGUGCACGUAUUGGUAAAGGUAAAGGUUAUGGUGAUUUAGAAUACGCAAUGAUGUCACAAAGGGGUUGUGUGGCGAGUAUUACAAAUGUUCGUCCUGGUGCUUCUCGUCAACAUUUUCUUGACUUUGAUAAUACGAGUACUCAACAAGACAGUUCUCGUCGACAAUUAACAGCCACUUCUUGGCACAAUAUAUUUUCUACUGAAAUUGAUGAACAAGUCUAUGAACGAUAUUCACUCGGAAAUUUUUUACCAGACCAAUGGACAAGAGGACAUGGUGCAGGAGAUACAUUGAAAAAUAUUACUGAUAAUCAUUGUAGCACAUUUUAUGACAAAGCUAUGGAACUUAUGGAAAAACGUAUAAAUUAUGAAGAAGCAUUAGUUAAUAUAAAUAAAUGUCUUCUUCUUAAACCAUUUCAUAUUCCAUUUUAUGAAAUUCGAUCAGAAAUCUAUUUAAAUUUAUGUGAUUUUCAAAGUUCAAUUAUAAGUUUGCAAAAAAGUAUUUUAUAUACACAAGUAACAACAGCUAAUAAUGCAGCAAGUAAUAGUCGAUUAUCAAAAAAUGAACAGCAAGCAAUAUCAAAACCUGUAACACCAGCUCAUCGAGAAGAUAGAUUAACAAAUGAUAAAAUAGCAUUUCUUCGAUAUAUCUCAGGUGUAACAUUAUUUGAUCAAAAACUUUAUUUAGAUGCAUUGGGUAUUGUUGCAAAUGGUUCUAAUAUAUUUAUUACAUUACCAUUUCAAAUCUAUAGUAUCCUUUGUCUAACAGCUUUAAAUAAAAUCGAUGAAGCCAGUACAUUAAUAACUCAAAUGAUCGAACAAUAUCCUCAAAAUGCUGAUUUAUUAAUUAUUCGUGCUCGUCUAUUUUAUAAAGACAAGACUAAGACGGAUGAUAGUCCUUUAUUUCUUCAACCAUUUGAAUCUACUGUGCAUAAAAAUAAUGCAUUUACAUUAAAUGUUGGUAUUGGUCCAAUUCAAUCUCUUGAUUGGCUUUCAAUGCCAACAACACAAUGUCCUAUAACACAUCAAUAUUUAGCUGUAAGUUGUUCACGUUCAUCAUUAGUAUCAAAACAUUUUUAUGACGAAAUAUAUUCAUAUAAAAAUUAUAUUCAAAUAUGGAUGUUUGAUUUAUCAAAUAUGAAAACAAGUUUAUCACCAAAAGAACAUCAACUUAUUUGUUUAAUAACAAUUAAUGAUAGUGGUUCUAUAUGGACAUUAAAAUGGUCACCAUCAUGUUCAUUACCAUCAGCUUAUUUAGCUGCUGGUACAAGUUCAGGUUCAAUUUAUUUAUAUAAAAUAUUUUCUCAUCCAUUGACAUUAUCAUAUGAAUCAUCAAAUAAAACUUUAUUGUUUUAUAAAUCAACAAAAUCAAUUCGAUUAUCGCUUAAUGAACCAAAUAAUCAUACACAAUGUUUAUCAAUUGAUUGGUCAAAACAUGAUCCAAAUCGUAUUGCUGCUUGUUAUAGUAGUGGUUUUAUUGCUCUUUUUCAUGUUAAUACAGAAGCAAAAUAUUUAAUUGAAAUAAAGUCAAAUCAAGAAAAAAUUAUAUUUCCUAUUCGAUUUUUUCGAAUUUCCUAUACACCAAUUCGUGAUAUUAAAUUUUUAAAUGAUUCAUCAAAUCUUGUUUUAACUAUUGCAAAUAUUGCAAAACGAUUUUCUGUAUGGGAUUUCGAUGAUCAUUAUCAACAUUUAAUCGAUAUUGAAAAUAGUGGUACAGAAUCCGUUAUAAGAUCAUUAACUGGUGAUCUUUUAUGUGUAAAAGAAUUUACACCAUCAUAUGCUCGAACAAGUGCUUAUCUGACAUAUGAACCUGAAACAAAUAAUCUUCCAAAACAUAUUUAUUUUCAAUCAACACCUGAUCAUGUUUUAAGUGUAGAUUAUUCUCCAUGGCUUGAUUCGAUUUUACUUUGUGAUUCGACCGGUCAAGUUUAUUUCUUUCGACUAACAAAUUUCGUACGAUGGACAAGAAAAAAUGAAUGUUCAUUAAAAUAUCGAUUAAAAGUAUUUAAUUUAAAUGCAAUAAUUAAACCAGAGAAACAAGAAGAGAUGUCAAAUCUUAAUCAAGAAGUUGGUGAACCAAUUUUUGAACAAUCGUCAUAUACAGAUUUAGUUGAUAAAUAUUAUCUCGAUACAAAUCUAUGUUGUGAACAAAAAUUUGUUAGUAAACAAGAUGAUUUUAGUAAAGCUGGAAGUUAUUCAUUAAAUGCUUUACAUAAAAUUCGUUUUAAUCCAAAUCUUGGCUCAUAUAGUUGGUAUGCAUUUGGUGGUGAAUCUGGUUUACUUUUUAUACUUCCACUUAAUCAAUCAUGGUCGAAUUAUGCAAUAUCUAUCUAUGAAAACGAAAAUAAAUUAACUUAA